GGAGGAAGGAGGAGCGUGGCUGUGGGCCUGGCUGUCGCCAUGGAGACGGGCCCGCGGCCUGACCCGCGCCCCGGGGCCUCCGCUCCGCUCGGGCCGCCGUGAAGAAGGGCAGCCGCCAUCGCCCUCCCGCUCUCGGGCAUGAGGCGGAACGUGGCCGCAGGGAGACACCGCAAGCUGUGGGAAGAAGAGAAAACUGUUGGACUUAUGAAAACACUUUAAGAGCUUCAUGAUUGGAUUAAAGGGUGCCUGAGCUGUGAAACCGAGGCUAUCGUCUUGAGGUUGGGAUGAACAUCUGCAGGAAACCACCCAACAAAACAGCCCCAGAGAAGAGUGACGAAGCGGCUCUUGAGGUCUAUCCGCAGGAAGCCCGGAGAAAUGGCUGGAGCUGGCCUCCCCAUCCCUUCCAAUUCCUUGCAUGGCUGCUGUACUUCUUUUUUGCCCUCGUGGGCUUUGGCAUCCUUGUGCCGCUCCUGCCUGUUCACUGGGUCCCUGCUGGAUAUAUUUGUCCUGGAAUAUUUUUUCUCUGCCACCUAAUUGUUCAUCUUACAGCCGUGUCUAUUGACCCAGCCGAUGACAGCGUGCGGCAGAAGAAUUACAAGGGGCCACUGGCUGCAUUCAGUCGGAGCCAGCAUUCUCAUGUCAUUGAAAACCGUCACUGUCACAUCUGUGAUGUUGAUGUGAGCUCGAGAUCAAAGCACUGCGGGACCUGCAACAAAUGUGUGUGUGGAUUUGACCAUCACUGCAUGUGGCUCAACAAUUGUGUGGGACAGAGGAACUAUUGGCUCUUUCUGAACAGUGUGAUAUCUGCCAUCCUUGGCCUUCUCCUAAUCCUGCUAGUCGCUUUCUACGUCUUUGUGGAGUUUUUCCUUAACCCUAUGAGGUUGCGCACGGACCAGCACUUUGAAGGCUUGCAGAACCAAACAGAUGUAUGGUUUGUGUUCCUCCCUGCUGCCCCCAUUGAAACCCAGGGACCAGCCAUUUUGGCUUUGGCUGGAGUGCUGAUUCUCCUGGGAUUGCUGACUCUGUUUUUAUUGGGCCACUUGCUGAUCUUCCACAUUUAUCUCAUGUGCCAUCGAAUGACCACCUAUGAAUACAUUGUGCAGCAACGUCCCUCACAGGAGAUGAAGGACCCAGACAAGCAGCUAGAAUCCUGUCCUCCCCAAGUGAAGCCCAUUCAGGAAAUGCAGUUUUAUACAAGAAGCUUUGGCUAUACCAAUCCUGAGAUUCAGAUAGAAGACUCUUCUGGAUUGGCAUCUGGAAAAGACUUAUCCACAUUCUGCAUCCACAGUGAUGGAACAGAGUCCAAAACCAUCCUAUUCUCUGAACAGUUCGAAGCACAGACUAGAGACCAGCCACAGCUGCAGAAAAAGAAGAAACGGAAAAAGAGAAAAAAGUUGCAUAAGACACCUUCUUCAUUGCGGAAAGAGAGAUUGAAAAUGAGCACAGUUCCAUGGUCUGCUCCUCUUCCAGCUUUACAGUCAGAGUUGUCCUUCUCUGCUGCCACCUCUUCAGCCUCCUCCUCCUCCAGCCUCUGCCUCUCGGUGCCGCCCAUCCUUCCUAAAGCUGUCACACCUCCAGGCAGCAACGCUCCUGUCCAGGCCGCGGGUCCCCCUGCUGAUUACCAUUCGGAGUCUGCUGAGUCCAUGGAAGAAAUCCCUGUGGCUCAGACACGUCUGGGGAGCAGUGCCUCUAAUGCAGCUCCCAAGGGAAGUUCUCGGCAUCUCCCUUUGCCUGCAGUCCACUUCCGAGGGGAAGGGCAGAUGCACCCGAACGCUGGGCCCAGCACAGAAAGCAAGAACUGCCAGAUGCCACCAGGGAAGCAGGUGGAGGAGCUACAAGCCUCUCCUCAGACCCCAGCUGUGUUUGUGAGCAGAAGCAGCGGGGAGCCACCUGUCCUCAGCCCCUGGUCCGAAGACAUGUCGUCUGAACCCUCUCACAGAAAACACUCCAGCAAACGGCACAAAGCAGGCCACCAGGACAGCCAGCUUUGGGACUCAAGUGCCAGCUCAACAGCAGCUUAAAGACCUCUUGUCCUAGAAGCCAUAACAUCCAAGGAGAAACAGGGGCAUGGGGAUUGGUCAUUUUCCAAAUAUAUUUCUGUUCAAGGAA